AUGGCUAGAUGGCAGAAUUUGCUUUCUGAAUUUGACAUAGUGUAUGCGAGUCAAAAGACCGUGAAAGGAAGUGCAAUAGCUGACUUUCUAGCUAGCAGAGCCUUGGAGGAUUAUGAGCCUUUGAACUUUGAUUUUCCAAGCAAGGACUUGAUUAUUGAGGAAGAGGAAAAAGAUGACCAUCCUUGGUACCUGAAUAUAUUGCAAUAUGUGAAAAAUCGUGAGCAUCCAGAUCAGGCGACAGGGAACGAAAAGAGAGCAUUGAGAAGAAUAGCCAUUGACUAUGUCCUAGAUGAGGAAAUCCUAUACAAAAAAGGGAUGGAUUAG